AUGCUCUAUCCAGUGGGAUUUAAAGAUGAGGAUUUUAAGAAAUCAAUCGUCGGAGUCGCGUCGACUUGGAGCAUGGUGACGCCGUGCAAUAUGCAUAUCGAUAUGCUCGCCAAACAAUCUUGCGCGGGGGUCGAUGCCGCCGGUGGGAAAUCGAUUGAGUUCAACACCAUCACGAUUUCCGAUGGUAUCUCGAUGGGCACCGAAGGGAUGAAAUACUCUCUGGUAAGUCGCGAGGUGAUCGCGGAUUCGAUCGAAACGGUUGUCGGUUGCGAAGGCAUGGACGGUUUCGUCGCGAUCGGUGGUUGCGAUAAGAAUAUGCCUGCCUGUGUGAUGGCUAUGGCUCGGAUGAACCGCCCUUCGGUUUUCGUUUAUGGCGGAACCAUCAAGCCUGGUUGUUUUGAAGAUAAAGAUGUUGAUAUCGUUUCGGUAUUUGAAGCGGUGGGACAGCACAGUGCGGGAAAAAUCGGCAAGAAAGAACUCGAUGGUGUUACUAAAACAGCGAUCCCUGGGCCGGGUUCUUGUGGCGGAAUGUAUACUGCUAACACAAUGGCCACUCUCGGGAUGAGUUUGCCGAACAGUUCUGCUCAAGCAGCGGUCAGUGAAGAUAAAAUGAUGGAUUGCCACGACGCUGGUGCAGCUGUGAUGCAUUUGAUCAAAAAUAAUAUCCGGCGUGAUAUCAUGACACGCAAGGCUUUUGAAAAUGCUAUUACUUUGAUUACCGCACUCGGUGGAUCGACAAAUGCGGUACUACACCUUUUGGCGGCUCACACGGCUGGCGUGAAACUAUCGAUUGAUGAUUUUACCCGCAUUGGCAAAAAGGUUCCUGUGUUAGCCGCUAAACCUAGUGGUGCGAACGUGAUGAUGAAGUUGGUAGAGAUUGGCGGCACACUGCCGUUGAUGAAAAUGUUACUCAACGAAGGUCUAUUACAUGGCGACUGUAUGACCGUUACUGGCAAAACCAUGGCGCAAAAUUUGAGUAAGGUGAAAGCAAAGUACCCGAAAGGCCAGACGAUCAUUCGUGGUUUUGAUGCACCGAUCAAAAAAGACGGUCACUUGGUCAUUUUCUAUGGCAACCUAGCUCCAGAAGGUGCGGUCGGUAAGAUCAGUGGUAAAGAAGGCGAGUUUUUCGAAGGUAAAGCCCGGGUGUUCGAUUCUGAAGAAGCUUACAAUGAAAGCCAUUCUCGGUGGAAAAAUCAAAAAGGCGAUGUCGUCGUGAUUCGUCGCGAAGGUCCGAAAGGUGGGCCUGGAAUGCGAGAAAUGCUCGGGCCAACCGGAGCGAUCAUGGGCGCGGGACUCGGCGACGAUGUUGCACUCAUCACUGACGGUCGAUUUUCCGGCGGUAGUCAUGGUUUUGUGAUUGGUCAUAUCACUCCUGAAGCUCAUGUCGGUGGUCCCUUGGCGCUGGUGAAAAACGGCGAUACGAUUUCGAUCGAUGCGAAAAAGCGCGAGAUUUCACUUAAAAUUACCAAAAAGGAAAUGGCUGAGCGAAAGAAAGCCUGGAAGCCCUACAAGCCGCGCUACAACCGAGGUGUGCUCGCCAAGUAUGCCAAGUUGGUGAGUUCGGCUUCGACCGGUGCCGUGACCGAUGGCGAUGAUUAA